AUGAAGCGAGCCCUGGUGCUGGGGGCAUCGGCCCUGCUUAUCCUGGCGCUGAACCAGAACGCCAUCCGGGAGCUGGAUGUUUCCCAGUUUCUUGCCAAGCCUGUGAUCGUGAUCCAGUCCUCAGACAACGUCACCAAGCUGCUGGGAGCGCUGCUGCGGGGGCUCCAGGCUACGGCGAAGAUCACGUACCAGGCGGUGCUGCUGGAGAACCUGCUGGCAGUGCUGGCACAUGGCAGCAGCAGUGACAGCGGGGCUAGGAGCGGAGUGGGGGUCCCUGGUUUGCCCCCUGCCCCGGUCACUGACCACCCGCCGGCACUGUUCCUGCAGAAGUACCUCCAGCAGCUGUGGAACACCAUCCUGCUGAUCGCCCUGCUGCUCUUCACCGGGGUGAUGGUGCAGGCCCAGCGGCAGUCACGGCAAUGGCUGCGGGUUCUGCCCUGCUCCCAUGAGUUCCACCGGGACUGUGUAGACCCCUGGCUGCUCCUGCAGCAGACCUGCCCACUCUGCAAGCGCAACAUCUUGG